AUGAGGGAGAUAUCGGUGGUCAGGUCGGAGGUGCGGUACAUGAUCCGCACCAAGAACGAGCGGGACAUCAAGAACUGCGCCGAUCGCCGUCGCGGAACCAUCGGCGAUACCUACACCGCCGAACAGUUCCGCCAGAUCAUGUUCAGGGUGCUGCCGGCGUGGGCGGCCAAGGCGUGGAACCCGCGGGGUACGGGUCCUUCGCAGACGCUGUGGAGGUUUCUUCUCUUGAAGGUGCUCACGCUACUCUCCCACCACUCUCUCCUGCGCGGUGCAAGCAUCCGCGAGAUCACUCUCCCCGACAUCUUCUUGUACCGACUGGCGAGCACCUCCUCGAUCAACCCGGAGAACCAGCCGGUCGUCAUGGUCAUCGGAGCGCGGAACUCGAAGACGUCCAAGGAUGCUCGUCUGCAGCAGAGCUACGCCGCGCGGCACCUCGAAGCGGAGUUGUGCGCCGUCGGCGAGACGGGCCUGUGGUUGCACUUCGUCCUCGAUCAGAUCGGUCAGUUUCACGGCGUCCGCCUCAUUCCGCCGGUCGACACCAGCACACGCGCUAGCUGGUACAAGAAGCACCUGUUCUUCGCCAAAAACGACACCGACCAGGGUGAGCUCUCUGCGGCAACCCACCAACGCUGGACGCGGCAGUUGUGGGACACCAACAAGGUGUUCUGCAAGAGGAACGUGCACGCCGCUCGAGCGGGCGGGGCCCAGGAGCUGGCUAUCGACGGCACGCCGCGCGCCGAGAUCGCGGAGCUUGGACACUGGGCUCUCGACAAGAUGACGCGAGCGUACAUCACCGCCAUUCCGGUGGGGGUGGUGAUGAAGAAGGCCGGGUACUCGGGGUACAAGCAGGACUACUUCUUGGGUCGGAGCAGGGUGCCGCCCUCCGAGAAGCUCCUGAAGCUCCUCGCCGAGCACAUAUUCCCCGGCGUCGACGACAUGCUGAAGGAGGCGGAAGGGAAGGCUGUCGAGGGGUCAGACGCCGACAAAGCCGCGGUGCACUUCUGGCGCACUCUCCUGAUGCUGCGCCGCAUCGUCGCCGAGGACCUAGCGGUGAAGCUAGUCCGCACACCAUGGCACCCGUACGUCCAAGGUUCCAAGCUCUGCCGGAUCCCCCUCUUCCAGCACUGGGCGAAACGGGUGGAGAGCGUCGACACCGAGACGAUCAACAAGCGUCGCGACCCGACCCAAAUACAGCCAGAGGAAAUCUCGGUGCGCAUGGACACCGAGUACUACAACAUGUCCCUCAAGGCCCAGAUGCAGAAGGAGAAAGAGCGCGCCGCGAACGAGAAGAUUGAUCUCCUAGAGGAGAUCGAGAAGCGCGACGACACCAUCGCUGGGCUCACCGCCGAGCUAGCCCGUGUCACCGAGGCACUCCGCUUGUCGGAAGCACGGAGAGUGCCGGUGGCCCCGCCGUCGGCUCCCGCGCAGACUCCCAGCGAUGGUGGAUCGGCGGAGUCGGCCAGCACGGGGGCUGGAGCCAAGAAAGGGGAUGACAAACCCCCGCCCCCCCCACAGACGGACGAGGAGGCCAGUUACGAGCUCAACGUGGUGCAACCGUGGCGGGAGGCAAAGACUGUGAGGGACGCUUGGCGCCUAUGGAAUUCCGCCACCGCCAAUGACACCCGUCGCCUUUGCGACAGGGUCGCCGAGAAGGGAUUCGUCGCCCGCCACACCCUCCUCACAGGAAAGGGCGCGACGCAGGGUGGGCUCGACACGAAAGUGCGACGCAUGAUGAGGGCCAUGGAUGCGGUGCGCCAGCUACGCGCGAGCGACGGCGACGCCGACACCGAGGCCGUGGUCGACGCACUGAACAGGAUCGCGGCACCGGGCAUUGGGACCUUCUGUGACGCCCUCACGGUGCUCAACCCGAAAACGGAACCGAUGAAGUCGAAAGAGCCUGGCAUGGGAGUCAAGGGGCUGGGCCCCAAGGUCGUCUCUAAGCUUCGCCUCGCCUGUGGGCUUGUCGCGCUCAAUCUGAAGCCGGCCGAUUGGCUCGAAGCCCUCUUUCCAGACACCUGGGAGGAGCAGAUGCCGAAGACCAAGGCCGACCUGGCGAAGCCGACCGCACCGGCCAAGCCGACCGCACCCGUGCAGCGUCCUCCGACCAAGCGCAAGAAGACGGCAUGA